ACCUCUAGAAUUGAACCCCCAAAAUAUUGCCCAAAAAACGCACACCAACGAAAAUAAACUGAUCAAAACUCGCACACAACUUCACAAAUUUCGCCAAUUACACUAAUCCUCUGCGGGUGGAGCUCAACGUCCUUGCAUGCAUUGCAUGGCGGAGCUACCCCGGCAGUGCUGAUUAAUCAGCCACCACCACGAGGACGACGACCACAACGUGAAAUGGCGAAUUGCGAGCUGGAAUAUUCAUCGGAAGAAGGUGCACUUUCGACGGUCGUUGCCGUCGACAAAGACAAGAACAGCCAGUUCGCCGUCAGGUGGGCCGUCGAGAAUUUGAGGCCGAACAACCGGCAAAUCAUUCUUGUAUAUGUUUGCACCCAACAACAAAAUUUGCGUCCGCAAGAUGGUGAGGCUCGAAGUCUAAAUCAAGCUGAACUGCAACAGUUGUUCCUUCCUUUUCGUGGAUUUUGUGCUCGCAAAGGGAUUCGUGGAAAGGAAGUGGUUCUGCAUGCCGUAGACGUCACAACCGCGUUGUGCGAGUUUAUAAGUGCUAACUGCAUCAAUACCAUUGUCCUUGGGGCCUCAAGCCGAGGCGCUCUAGCAAGGGCAUUUAAGAAUACAGAUAUUCCA